AUGUGUGCUCAAAGAGCUGUUGCUUACUUUAAAGAACAAAUCGAGCCCCAACUUCUAUCUGGAAAGAAUGUAAUGAUUGCUGCCCAUGGGAAUUCAUUGAGGUCUAUCAUUAUGUACCUUGACAAACUAACUUCCCAAGAGGUAAUUAGCUUAGAACUAGCAACUGGGAUACCCAUGCUUUACAUAUUCAAAGAAGGGAGGUUUAUCAGGAGAGGAAGUCCUCCGGGACCAACCGAGGCGGGGGUUUAUGCUUAUACUAAGAGUUUGGCUUCAUAUAGGCAAAAGUUAGAUGAGAUGUUUCAAUGAUUUAUUAGGCAGAUGCACACCGUCGCUGCAUUUACAAUCUGCAUAGUUGUUGGUGUCCUCUUCCAGUCUUAAAGAAACAAUCAUGCAAAUUCAAGCUUUUGUGAAAAAAUAUGGGUGCAGUUCUCAAUGGCCGGUCGGGGAGGUGGCUACUGGUUUGUGUACUUUUGUAUGUGUUAAUCAAGCCUAAUUAUGUUCUUCCACAAAAAAUGUUGUGAUAGAUUGUGAAAUUAAAAUCCCAUGAUAAAGACUGAAAUAAUACACCGAGUUUUGG